AUGCGGCUCAGGUAUCUCGACGCGGAUUUCUUCGACAGGGCCGCCGAGAAUGCCACGCUUGCCUGCGCAAGAUCGAUCCUCCAUGUCUGCGCUCUCCAGCUCCAAGAUUUCGAUCGGCAGCAGCAGCAGCAGCGAUCGCAGCUACCGGAGAUCGUCCUCGCGCAAGCACAGCAGCAAAUCGAUGAGAGGCCGCUGCCGGAGCUAGGCGCGUGCUUGGAAUCACUCCGGCCGGGCCUCCGGGACAAGCUCUUGGAGAGUCUUCUCCCGUUCAAGCUGGAAUGCCGGCCGAUCUUAGAUCAAGUCCCCAGGGCGCCGCCGACGCUGCCGUGCUUGCCGAUAUUCGUGCUGGAAAUCCCCGAGGUUGAUUCUCCGGAAGAGGAUUUCUCAAUCCAAGAAGAGAUUUUCAGCGCGCAGCGUGAGCUACCGCUGGAAGAAGAAGAAGAAGGAGAAUUGGCUGCCCUGGAUCGCCAGGCCGCGGUUCUCCACAUCGAGCCUGUGGAGUUCCAGCCGGUGGUGGUCUCUCGGAAUUUCCCUUCUCGCGUUUCAAGGCAGAUAUUCGUUCUGGAGAGCGAGGAGGUGGAUUUUCCAGAUCUUUUCACGUCACUGGAUGGCUCUGGGAUGGAAGAACACAGUGAGGAGCUGGCUUGGGAUCCACAGGCUUUAGCAUCAGGUCUAGCUAUCCAGCCAAUCGAUCUCGGGAUUUUGGAGCAGCUGGCGGCACCACAGGUGUUCGAGAAGCUAGUUAUCAUCCCAGAGCUAUCCCUGCCAUACUUUCCAUCUCUUGAUCAGCAAGGACCGAAAGAAGAAUCGCUGUUCGGGAGCUCGACUCUUGGGAAAGUUUCCAUGCUGGAAACUAAGCAAGUUGAUAUCCCUGAUGCGGGACUAGAGGAACACACUGUCGCACAGAUGGUAGACUCAUUGGCCAUGCAGCACGUCCAGCUCGAGUUCCUGGACAACUAUAUAGUGACGCCACAAUUGUAUGAGAAGCUGGUGCUCGUUCCAGAGCUUUCUCUACGCUGCCAUCUCGUCAAGCUUUUGCCGGUUCCAGCGCUCCACUUCAGCGACAGGGAGGAAAAGGUGGAAGAAUUCAUUUUUGGGACUCUGGCUUCUCUUGCCAAGUACUCUCAGCCGUCUGCCACGGACUUCAUAUAUCUGGACUGGCAUCUCUCCGAAAGCAACACUUGCAAUGAUCACCGGUGCUUCUACUUCAGGAGCCAUCAUCUCUGGGGUCUUGUGGAGAAAAUCGCCACUGCUCCAGCUCCACAUCAACCAGGCAGGGAGAGCAGUAGCGUCUCUCAAGACUCAAAACUGCCACCAUUGGAAUUUCCCACAGAGCCCAUCGGUCCGGCUAGAGUCAGCGAAGCGCACGUUUCACUCGAUCUAAAGGUGCCUCUACGUGAUGCUAAGCGAACCGAUGCUAAGCGGCGGAGUGGCAACUUUGGGGUUCCUGGUGCAAGGCUGCCGUCGAGUCAGACAUGCACGGGGAUUUUCGUGGUGAACAGCAGGCUCGUCAACAAGCACGGACUGAUUUCCAGGAGGAGUACGUACCAGCGAAUUCUUGCUGUUGAAAAGGGUGGAGCGCAGGUGGUGGAGAGGGAACUAAGGCUACCGAUCGACGUCAUUCUGAGUCCUACAAAGUGCCUCGUCUUUUACAGCCCGGAGAAGCUCUGCAUGCAUGAACAAGCGAACAGUGUGGAGGGCGUCUCGGCGUGGAUCGAGAGCAUUAUCGACAAUGAUAUGAAGGCCAUCAGCUUUGCCUUCCAGCAAUGCAUCAUGGUCUUUGAAGGUGACAGAAGAUUCACGACUGCCGUCCUUCAAAAUAUCGAUGACGUCUACGCAGCAGCCGUUGGUCUCAGCAUCCACGCCCAAUGCUUCGUUUCCCGUGAUCCGGCAAACACCGACUCGAUCGUUUUGAGCUGCGUCAAGGAAGCUCAAACCAGCGCCACCUCUCGUACGUUUCCUCGAAUGACAGAGUCCCCCACUGUGGCGGAAGCAUUUCUGACAGAGUCGCCGACAAUCAACCCGCUCACCGCUCACGCCAUCUUAUCUUCCGAGAAAACUCUCGCCGCCUUCAUAGCAAUGGCACCACCGGAGCAGCUCGCAGCCGCAAAGCCUUUCGCCAUAUCUUCCCACUCGCUGCAGCUCUUCAAAUCCCAGUGCGAGUAUGGACAAGUCGAGAGACGUGUGGGACGUGGACAAAAGAAUCAGGACUUUAUAGACGGAUAUGGACGACAGCGUGCAGUCGAACCUCUAGAACAGAAGCCUCCAUCGUGCAGCGACAGACAUGAAUUCCAGUAUUUUCCUCCCGCGGCCGAGCUGGACGAGGAAUGGAACUCGGGGGACCAUUUCACGUCGGCUCCAUACUUUCCGCCCGCCGGGCAGCUAGACGAGGACUGGGACGAGUCGCCAGCUAUUCCAGCGGCGCACACCUUUGAAGCGGUGGCUCUCGAUGACAUCGAGGGGCGAGAAGACAUUGUCAGCAAGAAGUACACGGCGAGCGGCUUUGGCUUCUCCUCAAACAGGCGCCAAUCUUCGUCGUCCUCCUCCGUCAAGGACGCUUUGAAGAGUUGGCUGAGCGCUCGCGAGCAAAGCAAGAAGAAUCUCAAGAGACCCCCGCCGGCAGCGCCACCUCUGAUGGUGCACGACGAGACUCCGACUCGUAGCACUUCGACGAGGAAGAGAAAGGACGCUACUGCAAGUGUUCCUGCUGCUGCUACAAAAGAAGGUGGUGGAGUUAAGAGGAAGAAGCCGAGCAACGACAUCUUCACGCUGUGGGAGAACUUCAAGUACCGGAAUCAGCCAGCUGCUACUCCGCUGCUCUCAACUUCCAGGAGCUUCAAGAGGCCCUCGAGCUCCAUAUUCUCUUCGUCGCCGGGACAGAACAACAGCUCCAGUUGCAGCGUCCAGCAGCAACACAAAGCAGGAGGGGGAGUAGCAGCGGGAGGAGGAAAGCGUGCAAAGCGAACCACGAUUUGACAACUCGGAACAAAACUUUGGAAACCAGGUUCCAAUCACCAGGUUCCCGGGAUCGUUUUACACGUCACUCAACUAGAUCAAAAUGCAAAUUCGAUGCCAACUUCGUGUGGCAAUUACAAUGGGCAUCCAUAUGGAAUUUAGAGAACCAAUAGUAGAGAAAUCUCGAAAACUCUCACCCAUCAACGAACACUGUGCCCUAUGGAU